AUAGCGUGCGCACACUCCAUGGCCUUCAGAGCGCAUCCCCACCUCUCGGAAAGUCGGAAAUGUUUAUGAAAACCUCCCUAUAGACCUGUUGGAUCACAUGUACCACAUGAGAAACAAACGCGCUGUAUAACAACUACACAGAGGCAGAAACUCUUGGAGAAGCCGUUGUUAGGUCACUCUUUAUGUAUAACGCACUUCCCAACUGCUGUGGUAACCUGACAGCGCUCGAGCUCGCGUAUCAUCCGCUACCGCUGUCUGACUAAAAACGCAGCACUUGUUCCCAGCGCGGUACUUUCCUCUCAGCGACAGUCGGUGCUGCUGGCGGUAUUGGGACCCUGCUUAAGUCUAACAUCAAGCGCUGGUUUGUUGUGCCUACUGUGAGAGUACUAACACAAGACACCUGCUCAGUGGAUGUGAAAUGUCACGAGUGGUCACUAUACCCGGACCUGCUCCCUGGGGAUUUCGAAUCAGUGGAGGAAGAGAUUUCAAGAAACCAGUCACCAUCUCUAAGGUGAAUGAGGGUAGCAAAGCAGAAAAGGCAGACCUCCGCUGUGGUGAUGUCAUCCUGGCCAUCAAUGAGAGUAGCACAGAGGAGAUGUUGAAUGCAGAAGCACAGAACCUAAUCAAAACAAGCCCCUCUAAACUUCAGCUGAUUGUCCAAAGACCUGUGAUUGAUGUUACGCAUCACACAAAUGGGCUUUCAUCUCCAGAUACUUUGAGCAAUAGAUUCCACAAUACACUGAAUACAGGAAGAAGAGAGAGCGACAACUAUGGUGAAUAUAAUUAUUCAAGUCGCACAUCCCUCAGUCCUUCACCUAAUCGGCAGGCAUCUGCAUCUCCUGUUGUCUUUCAGCCUAUCUCUUAUACCUCAACAUCUCCUACGCCUCCUCAGAGGAGAUCAUAUUCCCCUGUUUCUCCUAGUUUUCUGCAUUCAAACUUUCAGAGCCCUCCAAGGCCUGGGGUUGCAUCACGUAGGACUGAACUGAAGGUGGACACUGGCAGCAGUUUCCAGGCCAGUCCUGUUUCACCAAAACUAAACAACACAGACAUUUCUUACUAUCAACCAGCCAAGAUUCGAAGUGAAACUGCUAGACCUGGAACUCCCACGAAGAUGGCAGAACAAGGAUUUUAUCCUGUGAGUUCCCCAAAGCUUGAAAGAGAGGUUCUUGAGAGGGUUGCUGCUGCUGCUGCACAGAUACAUGCCCAGAGGAACUCCCCAUAUGAAAAACUUCACUUCCUCUUCCCACCUGCCGGUGGUACAGAAGGGAUGAUGACAAGGGUGACUGGGCAUGAUGUCAGAAGGAGCACAUCUCCAAUUCCAAGUCCAAGUUCUUACUCUAAACCUCAUGCUGCAGUCAAUUACAAUACGUAUUCACCACGGAGCCCAAGGGAGUUUAGUAACAGACCCAUGAGCCCUGCAAACUUCAGCACAUCUCCUGGCAACAACAGCUUGCCUAGACAAAGCAGCCCUGAUCCCAGCAUAACCAUGAAGAGAUUUGAAGAAGAAUCUGAAGUGUAUAAAAUGCUGCAGGAGAAUAGGGAAGCAAAGGCACCUCCCCGUCAGUCAAAAACAUUCAGCAUGCUACAGGAAGUACUGGAAACUGAUGAAAAAGAAGCAGCAGUCCGUUUUCCAGGAAGGUUAUCCACAAGUACUCAAAAUCCAGUGCCUACAGUAGCAGGAGUUCAGAAGUUUCACAUAUGUGAAAAAUGCAAUACCAGCAUUGUGUAAGUAUGCCAA